AUGCUCCGACGAUUCUCGACUCAGUUCCGGAAGAACAAAGAGUCCAACAGUGAUGCGGACUCCUCCAAAAAUUCAAAGGAGAAUGGCAAGCGCCAUUCAAAGCCCAUUCAGCCCUCGCGUAAAGCCUCGUCUCAUGAUGAAAAGCAGCAUUCAGUGAAUCGAGCAGAGGUGGUUGCGGUCUUCGAGAAACAUGCGCAGGCCAUCCACGCCUCGCGCGAGCCUCUUCCAAGUCAAGGUGGCGAUGGCGCAUAUCUGAAGCACGACCAGUCUUCUGGUCUAUUCGAGGAUAUCAAAUCGCUCGGUUUCCGCGAUCUCUCGACAGUGAAGAGUUUGAUCAAAUCCAAGGCCUCGGGCGAAUUGAUCGAUGACAAGACGUAUCUCAUGGAGCGCAUCAUCCAGUUGGUUGCGGACAUGCCUGGUCAUUCCAAGAAUCGUGUCGAGCUCACCAAUCAGUUCUUGGACGAGCUUUGGGACUCCCUGCCUCACCCUCCUCUCUCUUACAUGGGCGAUGAGUACAAAUAUCGAUCUGCCGAUGGGUCGCGAAACAACCCAACGCUUCCGCAGCUUGGAGCAGCUAAUACCCCAUACUGUCGCACCAUUCCUCCGCUCACCAUUCAGCCGUCGGGGCUGCCGGAUGCUGGGUUGCUAUUUGAUAGUCUUUUUGCCCGUCAGAAGUUCACUCCACACCCUAACAAAGUGUCGAGUAUCUUCUUUGAUUGGGCUUCGCUGAUUAUCCACGACAUCUUCCAAACCGACUACCGUCAACAACAUGUGAAUAAGACCUCUUCAUAUCUGGAUUUGUCAAUCCUCUACGGCGAUGUUAAGGAGCAACAGGAUCUCAUUCGAUCACAUCAGGAUGGAAAGUUGAAGCCCGACUGCUUCUCGGAGGGUCGCCUACAGGCGCUCCCUGCAGCCUGCGGUGUGCUUCUAGUGAUGCUCAACCGCUUCCACAACCAUGUCGUUGAACAGCUCGCAGCGAUCAACGAAAAUGGUCGUUUCACAAAGCCACUCGACGGUUUGCCCGAGGACGCGGCGAAGAAAGCCUGGGCCAAGUAUGACGAGGAUUUGUUCCAGACUGGCCGCCUGAUCACAUGCGGGCUGUACAUCAACAUUACAUUGUACGAUUAUCUACGCACGAUCGUCAACCUCAAUCGCACAAAUUCCACCUGGUGCUUGGAUCCUCGAGCCCAGAUGGAAAAGACGGGUGCCACCCCUUCUGGACUGGGUAACCAAUGUUCAGUCGAAUUCAACCUCGCUUACAGGUGGCAUUCGACCAUCGCGCAAGGCGACGAGAAAUGGAUCGAGCAGAUCUACUAUGACCUCAUGGGCAAGCCCGCGGAAGAAGUCUCCAUGCAUGAGCUGCUGAUGGGGAUGAAAAAGGUCGAGGGCUCGCUUGAUCCCGAUCCGUCCAAGCGCACAUUUGCUCGCUUGGAGCGUCAAGCAGACGGGACAUUCAAGGAUGAAGAGCUUGUUGCAAUUCUCACCAGCGCAUGUGAAGACGUUGCUAGCUCGUUCGGACCCCGCAACGUCCCCAAAGCGCUCCGUUCCAUCGAAAUCUUGGGUAUUGAGGCUGCCCGUCGUUGGCACGUUGGGUCGCUCAAUGAAUUCCGAAAACACUUUGGGCUCAAGCCAUACGAUACUUUCGAGGAGAUCAAUUCGAAUCCCGAAAUUGCAAACUGCCUGCGUCAUCUUUAUGAGCAUCCGGACUACGUGGAGCUCUACCCUGGAAUCGUGAGCGAGGAGCCCAAGGAGCCCAUGGUGCCUGGUGUUGGUAUCGCACCAACGUAUACCAUCUCGCGUGCAAUUCUGUCUGAUGCUGUGGCUCUUGUCCGUGGUGAUCGUCACUACACUAUUGAUUAUAAUGCUCGUAAUUUGACUAAUUGGGGCUACAAUGAGUGCCGGUACGACCUGAACAUCAACCAGGGUUGUGUCUUCUACAAGCUGGCCCUUCGUGCGUUCCCCAACUGGUACAAGCCCGAUUCUAUCUACGCCCACUACCCAAUGACGAUUCCGAGUGAGAAUCGCAACAUCAUGAAGAGCUUGGGCCGAGAGCAAGAUUAUUCUUGGGAGCGGCCCUCUUUCACUCCAUCGCGCAUUAACUUGUCAUCGCACAACAACGCCCGUCUUGUGUUGGAAAACAGCACAGACUUCACGCCAGUGUGGAGCGAAGCCAUGACAGAGCUGUUCGGUAAGGGCGAAUUUGGUGCUCAGCAGCGCGAGGCGAUGAGUGCGGCUUUUGCCACCGAGGACUUUUUAACCUUGGUCAAGAACUUUUAUGAAGAAGUCACCCUUCGUCUCAUUAAGGAGAAGGGUGCGAACCUCGUUGGUACCAACCAAGUUGACAUCACGCGCGAUGUCGGCAACCUUGCCCAUGUUCAUUUCGCAUCGGCCCUCUUUGGUCUCCCUCUAAAGACUGAUGAGAACCCUCGCGGUCUCUUCACCGAACAUGAGAUGUAUAUGAUUCUGGCGACGAUCUACUCUGCACUUUUCUAUGACGUCGAUCCUGCCAAAUCGCUCCCUCUUGACAGCGCCGCGUCUGCUGUCGCUCGGCAGCUCGGCAGCGUUGUGGAGGCUACCGUCAAAACAGAUACGCACAGUGGCCUCUUCUCUGGACUGAUAAACAGCUUCCGCCCUCAUGAUAACGCAAUUCGUGAGUACGGCACUGCGGCCCUCCGGCGCGUGGAAGAGUCGGGACAGAGUGCGUCUCAGAUCACCUGGUCCCAUAUCAUCCCGACAGUCGUCGGCAUGGUCCCCAGCCAAGGUCAGGUGUUCACCCAGGUCAUUGAAUACUACACUUCGCCCGAAGGCAAGCAUCACUGGUCUGAAAUUAGUCGACUCGCGCGACAGGAUUCCAAGGAAUCUGACGAGAUGUUACACCGCUAUUGCUUGGAAGCCAUCCGCAUCAACGGCACCUUUGGCGAGUACCGCGAAGCCAAAAACCCCGUCAUCCUCGAGGAAAAUGAAGAAGUCAUCAACGUCCAGCCCGGCAACAAGAUUUUUGCCUCAUUUAUCCAGGCCAACCUUGAUCCUAGUGUUUUCCCCGAGCCCAACUCGGUCAAUCUCAGCCGCCCCCUGUCCUCGUACAUCCAUCAAGGCCAGGGACCCGCCAAUGGUUUGGGCCAAGAAACUACCAAGAUUGCUCUCGUAUCCAUGCUACGUGUUGUGGCUCGAUUGCCAAAUCUUCGUCGGGCCCCUGGCGCCCAAGGCCAGCUCAAGAGGAUUCCUCAGAAGGGCGGCCACUACGUCUAUCUGCGCCAGGACGGGACUUCUUAUUUCCCCUUCCCAACGACGCUCAAGCUUCACUGGGACGGCGAUUUCGAGUUUCAAACCUCUCAGACGAGCAAGAAGCAUUGA